AUGGCUGAACCCAAGAGAGCAACCGAGUCCAAGAAAGGCAAGUUCUUCUGGACGACUCUAAUAACCAACACCGCAUACCUCUCCGGCCUCCUAACCCUCGACUACUCCCUCAAAAAGCACAACUCCGCAUACCCCCUCGUCGCCCUAUACACCGACGCCUUCCCCGCCUCUGGCCACGCGGUGCUCGACGCGCGCGGGAUCCCCAAGCAGCACGUCCCCUACCUGCUGCCCUCGGCCGGCAAAGACUACUCGGCCGACCCGCGCUUCUACGACUGCUGGUCGAAGCUGACGCCGUUCAGCCUGGUCGAGUACGACAGGGUCGUGCAGCUGGAUAGCGAUAUGCUGGUCAUGCAGAACAUGGACGAGCUGAUGGAGAUGGAGCUUGAUGCGCCGGCGCUGGCGGGCAAGGGGAAGAGGGUCUUUGCUGCGGGGCAUGCGUGUGUUUGUAAUCCGUUGAAGAAGAAGCAUUAUCCUGCCGAUUGGAUCCCAGCAAAUUGCGCCUUCACAUCCCAGCAUUCCACCCCCGAAAUCGCCCAAACAACCGGCCCAGACCCAGCCGUUGGGCCCCUCGGCUUCAUGAACGGCGGUCUGCAAGUCGUGAACCCGUCCCAAGAAGUCUACGACCUAAUCGUGGGGCACAUGAAUUCAGGCGCGGCCAUCGACAUGGAUUUCGCGGACCAGUCUCUGCUGAGUGACUUGUUCAAGGGGUGCUGGGUGCCGCUGCCGUACAUCUACAAUGCGUUGAAGACACUGCGGUGGGAGACGGUGCAUAGUGAGAUUUGGAGGGAUGAGAGCGUUAAGAAUGUGCAUUAUAUCUUGGCACCGAAGCCGUGGGAUGAGAUGGAUAAGGAGGGGAAGAAUAUUAGUAGUGAUCCGACGCAUGCUUGGUGGGUGGAGGUGAAUCAGGAGAGGUUGGUGUCGGAGAAGGAGAAGGGGAUUAAGGUUGAUGGGUUUUAG